AACAGAGCUCGGCGCAACUCCCCAGUGGUUCGCUAUGAAGACUCUUCUGUGUGCGCUCGUCAUUCUCGUUGUCGCUGCUACGGCCAGUGCGGGCUACUAUGGUGGCUACGGUCACGGCUAUGGCCAUGGAGGCUACAGUCACGCCCUUACGCACCAUUACGACAACCAGAGGGCACAUUACGGCUACGGUGGUUAUGGCGGCUACGGAGGAUACGGCCACGGCUAUGGUGGAUACGGUGGCUACGGCUACGGCCAUGGAUUCUACGGCUAGGUCCUUCAAUCAUUCGGUCAGGAAAGACGUGGGAAUGGCGUGAUCGUGGACAAUAAAACACCCGAGUUUUGA